GCAUGACGAAUGCUGAAGUGCUUCAUCAGGUGGAGCAUGGGUAUCGUAUGCCAUGUCCUCAAGCUUGUCCCAAGACCCUCUAUGACAUCAUGCUGGACUGCUGGCGUAAAGAAGAAAUUGACCGGCCCACAUUUGAGACUCUUCAGUGGAAACUAGAAGAAUUCUUUGCCAUGGAUCCUAAAGAAUAUAGAGAAGCGUCUUUCAUACGAUAG